GCACAUCACCCGCCUCGAGACCUCAACGGUAGAGGUGGGCGCCCCCGCCUCCGCACUUUUUCGCGGGGCUCCAGAUUAUAGGGCAGGGCGGCGCUUCUCGGAAAGCGAAAGCCGGCGGGGCGGGGCGGGUGCCGUAGGAGAAAGAGGAAGCGCUGGCAGACAAUGCGACCCGACCGCGCUGAGGCUCCAGGACAGCCCGCCAUGGCUGCAGGAGGUCCCGGCGCGGGGUCUGCGGCCCCGGUCUCCUCCACAUCCUCCCUUCCCCUGGCUGCUCUCAACAUGCGAGUGCGGCGCCGCCUGUCUCUGUUCUUGAACGUGCGGACACAGGUGGCGGCCGACUGGACCGCGCUGGCGGAGGAGAUGGACUUUGAGUACUUGGAGAUCCGGCAACUGGAGACACACGCCGACCCCACUGGCAGGCUGCUGGACGCCUGGCAGGGACGCCCUGGCGCCUCGGUAGGCCGAUUGCUUGAGCUGCUUACCAAGCUGGGCCGCGACGACGUGCUGCUGGAGCUGGGACCCAGCAUUGAGGAGGAUUGCCAAAAGUAUAUCUUGAAGCAGCAGCAGGAGGAGGCUGAGAAGCCUUUACAGGUGGCCGCUGUAGACAGCAGUGUCCCACGGACAGCAGAGCUGGCGGGCAUCACCACACUUGACGACCCGCUGGGGCAUAUGCCUGAGCGUUUUGAUGCCUUCAUCUGCUAUUGCCCCAGCGACAUCCAGUUUGUGCAGGAGAUGAUCCGGCAACUGGAACAGACAAACUAUCGACUGAAGUUGUGUGUGUCUGACCGCGAUGUCCUGCCUGGCACCUGUGUCUGGUCCAUUGCUAGUGAGCUCAUCGAAAAGAGGUGCCGCCGGAUGGUGGUGGUUGUCUCUGAUGAUUACCUGCAGAGCAAGGAAUGUGACUUCCAGACCAAAUUUGCACUCAGCCUCUCUCCAGGUGCCCAUCAGAAGCGACUGAUCCCCAUCAAGUACAAGGCAAUGAAGAAAGAGUUCCCCAGCAUCCUGAGGUUCAUCACUGUCUGCGACUACACCAACCCCUGCACCAAAUCUUGGUUCUGGACUCGCCUCGCCAAGGCCUUGUCCCUGCCCUGAAGACUGUUCUGAGGCCCUGGGUGUGUGUGUAUCUGUCUGCCUGUCCAUGUACUUCUGCCCUGCCUCCUCCUUUGGUUGUAGGAGGAAUCUGUGCUCUACUUACCUCUCAAUUCCUGGAGAUGCCAACUUCACAGACACGUCUGCAGCAGCUGGACAUCACAUUUCAUGUCCUGCAUGGAACUAGUGGCUGUGAGUGGCAUGUCCACUUGCUGGAUUAUCAGCCAGGACAGUAUAGAACAGGACCAGCUGGGACUAGGAGAAGGACCAGCAGAGCCAGCUCUGCUCUGAGCCAUUCAUACAUCUUCAGCCUCAGUUUCCUCACUUGAGGAGUAGGAUGGGGAGAACAGAGAGUAGCUGUGUUUGAAUUCCUGUAGGAAAUGGUGAAGCAUAGCUCUGGGUCUCCUGGGGAGACCAGUCUUGGCUGCGGGAGAGCUGGCUGUUGCUGGACUACAUGCUGGCCACUGCUGUGACCACGACACUGCUGGGGCAGCUUCUUCCACAGUGAUGCCUACUGAUGCUUCAGUGCCUCUCUGCACACCUCCCAUUCCACUUCCUCCUUCCCCACAGGGCAGGUGGGGAAGCAGUUUGGCCCAGCCCAAGGAGAUCCCACCUUGAGCCUUAUUUCCUAAUGGGUCCACCUCUCAUCUGCAUCUUUCACACCUCCCAGCUUCUGCCCAACCUUCAGCAGUGACAAGUCCCCAAGAGACUCGCCUGAGCAGCUUGGGCUGCUUUUCAUUUCCGCCUGUCAGGAUGCCUGUGGUCAUGCUCUCAGCUCUACCUGGCAUGAGAAGGGAUCCUGGCCUCUGGCAUAUUCAUCAAGUAUGAGUUCUGGGGAUGAGUCACUGUAAUGAUGUGAGCAGCGAGCCUUCCUCCCUGGGACACCCGCAGAGAGCUUUCCCACCAACUUUGUACCUUGAUUGCCUUACAAAGUUAUUUGUUUACAAACAGCGACCAUAUAAAAGCCUCCUGCCCCAAAGCUUGUGGGCACAUGGGCAUAUACAAACUCACACACAGACACACACAUAUAUGUACAGAUGUGUACUCUCACACACACACAGGCACCUGCAUACACACGUUUUUCUAGGUAUAGCUCCCAGGAACAGCUAGGUGGGAAAGUCCCAUCACUGAGGGAGCCUAACCAUGUCCCUGAACAAAAAUUGGGCACUCUUCUAUUCCUUUUCUCUUGUGUCCCUACUCAUUGAAACCAAACUCUGGAAAGGACCCAAUGUACCAGUAUUUAUACCUCUAAUGAAGCACAGAGAGAGGAGGAGAGCUGCUUAAAUUCACACAACAAUGAACUACAGACACAGCUGUUCUCUCCCUCUCUCCUUACCAGAGCAAUUUUACCCUCAAGCUCUCCUUUGGGGAGAAGGUGCCAUGGUCUUAGGUGUCUGUGCCCCAGGGCAGACCCUAGGACCCUAAAUCCAAUAGAAAAUGCAUCUCUUUGCUCCACUUUCAGCCAUGCUGGAGCAAGGUGCCUUUUCUUAGGAUCUUGGGAGGGAAUGGAGGCCCCUCUCUGCAUGAUCUUGUUGAGGCGUUUAGCUGCCAUGCACCUGUCCCCCUUUAAUAUUGGGCAUUUUAAAGCAAUCUCGAGAAGCAUCUUCUACGUGUUUUGUAUGCAUUAAAAUAAUUUCAAAGAUAUCUGAGAAAAGCUGAUAUUUGCCAUUCUUCCUGUAUCUUGGAAUAUAUCUUGCAUCCUGAGUUUAUAAUAAUAAAGAAUAUUCUACCUUGGAAA